AUGGUCGCCACGGUUAUUCACGGCAUCGACAGAUCCACUACUGAGGGGACUGAGCUGUUACGUGUACGUGUGGUAAAAGGUGAACGAUUGGGCAAACGCGACCUGUUUGGCGUCGUCAGUCCAUACUGCGUGAUACGCUUGGAGAGAGCCGAUGGCGAACAAAUCGAUGAGAUCACUUUGGAAAAAAAGAAAAAGGUCUGUUUUUCGUAG